AUGAAGUACUUCCUGCCUCUUGUCUUCAUCGUUCUAGAUGUGUUCCAAAAUGGAGGUUUGAAAUCCCUAUUUUGUCGUUCUGUAACAUGGGUCUGUGCGUCCACCGUGGCGCAACGAGUAAUCAUAACAAGUUUGCUCCAACGCAGAAAAUUUAUCUUAUCAGUUUUUAAAGUUUUAUCACAUGAAAACUUUGUUUUUUGAUCAUCUAUUAUGGUUUGUGGAUCAAUUCUUGUAGCCUUGAUCAUGAAAAAGAAACAAACAACUAGCUUACUAAGAAGGCUACAAAUAUGCGUUUGACAUUUUAUCAAAUCAUAAUUUAUGACGAUUGAAAAUUUUUAUAUAAGAAUUUUUUAAUUUGUAACUGCGUUUCAGCAUUAGCGGGUAUGACAAGUAUCACUCUUCACGGCGUAACGGAUACAUUAUCACCCGAAUACCAAAAAGUAUGUAUUAAUUGAUUGUUUUUUUCGUUGAUUAAAUAUAUAUAUCCAUUAGAAUUUCUUGUUUUUCUUAUGGCCGAUCAUCAAGAAAAAAAUGGAACUUGUUCUAAAACGCAAAAAAAAAUGAAUCAGCUGUUGCGGAGAAACUUUGGUUGCCCCCAACUUUUUUUUUUCAUUUCGAAAUAUGCACCGUUUCUCAGUUGAAAACGCUAUAAAAGCCGUAAUAAUUUUGAAGGCAUUAGUGUCGUUCAUCACCUCAGAAAAAAAGUUAAAUGUUGCCUCAAUGAAAUAACUUCUCAUGUCUUUUUUAUCAUUUUCAGUACGGGGACGCUUUAGAAAUCGUUGUCGCAGCGUUCCGCGAAUUCGAAGCCCUUUUCAAUGACCCAGACUACCAUGCGCGGCGUGGUUGGUACAUGGACUACGAAAACAGCGAAGGAGACGUUGCCUACUCGAAAAAUACGCCAUUGGGGAAGAUGAUCACCGUCAGGGUAUGUCUCGUUUUAAUAAAUUUAAAAAGUGAUUAUUUUGCUUGGAAUCGCUAUAGUUGACAAAUAUCCUGAAAGUAAAACUGCAAGUUUUUUCUAAUGAAUGAACUCCGCGAUGCUCACUUCGCUGGAUAUUUUUGAAUAAAAUAAAGCUUUGAAGAUUCCAUUUCUAAAAAAAGUUGUGCAAGUUGCGAGUCCCAGAACCUUCACCUAGCCCGAGUAAAAUUACCACACUUGCCAGAAUAAGAAAAUCUAUCUUUUUCGUUGCGGUUCUGAUUGAAAAUGCCAUCAAAUAUUGAAGACGGAAUUACCUCUGACGCCCGAAGACGUGAUGAACGAAACGUGGCACCAGAUGCCGGAUUUGCCGGUGUGGAACGACAAAAUCAAAUACGCUCAGGUCGUCGCGGCUCCCACGGAGAACUUUGACAUCGUGGCCGUCAGUUUUUCUUUCCGAGUGGCAUUUUAAAAUAAUUUAUGGUUUAGUACGGAAGCAACAAUGUUUUGAUCGCAAGCGGACGCGAUUUCGUUUCGGCGCGGCUCCGUCGGAAGACUGAAAACGGCCACAUGCUCGUUUCGCGGAGCGUAGAUGUCGAGGUUCCCGGACUCGAAUCCGUGGAUGGAAGAGUUCGGUUAGUGAUUUUUGACAGCGUUGUAUGUACAUUUAUGGGACUAUGCAGACCUGAAAUCGUUUUGGAAGAGGAAGAUAGAAAAAGCUAUGAAAAAGAAGAGACCGAAGACCGAUAAAAUGAUCGGCCAGUAAUUAAAAAGGAAAAAAGGUCAUUAUAUUUUUGAGAAUAUUUUUAGAGUUAUACUUAAUUUUGAAAUUUUCCUCGAAAAGCUUACAAGGAAGGCGAUUCUACUUUACGGUCAGGAAUUUCCUGGAAGUUGGCCAAAACGACCCUUAUUCACCAGAAAAAUAUUCGGAGAGUCUCAACCUGCAAAACUUCCUCGUUUUUGAGGAAAGAUGCCUCGAACUCAAAGAAAACCCUCAAAGCCUAUAAAAGUAGGCUGUCCUGAAAACUAUGAAGCUGUGCAGGUUGAGACUUCCAGGAUUUUUUUUUCUGGUACACCAAGGGGUGUUUUGGUCGAUUUUCUUUUUUUUUCUUUUUUUUCCGCAUUUUGUUGCGUACGAAUCUGAAUUUCACUCCCACAACAGCCGUUCCUUGCAGGGCGCAUCUGCACCUCGCCGGCGUCUGUUUCCAGCCACAUCCGAAGAAACCCGGUCACACUUUGACGAACGUCGUGAUGCUGGUCGACCUCAAGGGAAUGCUGCCGACUUUCGCCGUCAACCGAGUCCUCGGCAGAAUCGCCCUCCUCGACGCCGUCACCAACCGACAUCACUUCAACGAUGUCAAAAAGCGUUUGGACGCCGAGCGAUCACUCAAACCUUGA